AUUCGCUGAGCAGGUCCGUGAAUUGUCAGCGCGCUCCAGGCAGCUGUUGAGCCGGGGGCGGCCGCCAGGUUUGUGCUCCCUCCGAGGUGCCUGCCGGAGCCAAUGUGCCCCGGUGGGCUAGGGCGAGAGCUGUCGCCGGUUCGGGGCAACUUGGGAUUCAGGACCCGCAGCAGGGGCGUCGGUUUGCCAUCUGGACUCGUCGACGAGGAUGGAAAUCCUGUAUGAAUGUGGAAGCCAUUAGCAGAGUAAUUGCUGUCCGUUACCAUGACAACCAGCCGCUGCAGUCACCUGCCCGAAGUGCUGCCAGACUGCACCAGUUCAGCUGCACCCGUGGUGAAGACCGUGGAGGACUGUGGCAGCCUAGUGAAUGGGCAGCCGCAGUAUGUCAUGCAAGUUUCAGCCAAGGACGGGCAGCUGCUGUCAACAGUAGUGCGGACCCUUGCCACCCAGAGCCCCUUCAAUGACCGGCCGAUGUGCAGGAUCUGCCACGAGGGCAGCAGCCAAGAGGACUUGCUCUCUCCAUGUGAAUGUACAGGGACCCUGGGGACAAUUCAUCGGAGCUGCCUGGAGCACUGGCUGUCAUCCUCAAAUACCAGCUACUGUGAACUCUGCCACUUCAGGUUUGCAGUCGAGCGCAAACCCAGGCCGUUAGUGGAGUGGCUCAGAAAUCCAGGCCCCCAGCACGAGAAGCGGACUCUGUUUGGAGACAUGGUGUGCUUCUUGUUCAUCACUCCUCUGGCCACCAUCUCGGGCUGGCUCUGCCUGCGGGGCGCCGUGGACCACCUGCACUUUAGCAGUCGGCUCGAAGCCGUCGGACUAAUUGCACUCACUGUCGCACUCUUCACUAUUUACCUCUUUUGGACACUAGUGUCAUUUAGGUACCACUGUCGAUUGUACAAUGAAUGGCGUCGGACCAAUCAGAGGGUGAUUCUCCUCAUUCCAAAGUCUGUCAACGUCCCUUCUAACCAGAAGUCCUUGCUGGGCCUCCACUCUGUCAAGAGGAACUCAAAGGAGACGAUUGUUUGAUGUUUGUGUGUUUGGUUGGCUGAUUUGUUGUUUGGGGUUUGGAAGUUUCUGCACUGGGCCACCCCGAAACCCUUCCUCGAGCCCGUGGGUCAAAGAACAUCCAGAGCCGUGUUAUCACGUCGCCCUGAGCAACAGACUCCGCCUGAAGAAAGCAAAUCGCUCUUUGACUUCACAUCAUGGAUGCUGCAAUCAUAUGAUAUUUGCUAAGCUGCCAAACAUGUUUAUUUAGCAGAUACUGUAUGGAAUUUUCUGAACACCUCUUUAACAUAUGAGGAAGGUUGUCCUGCUAAGGAUGCAAUUCAACUCUUCCUUUUUUAUUACUAUUUCAAAUAUAUAUAUAUAGAUAUAUAUAUAUAUUAAACUUAGAUGAUAAUCAAAGUUGAAAAGCCAAUGUUAAAACUGAUUUCAUGGUUGGUUUGGAUGGGUUUUGUUUGGGUUCGUUGGUUUGUUUCCCAGUUUCUACUGUAGAUUCUUUGGGGUAAUUUGAUAGCUUGAGUGUCUUUUCCAUCUCUUCCAUGCCCCUUACUCAAGGGGACAGCGUAACAGCUGCAGGACAAGUCAUAUCUGAAGGAUGUUUUGUACUAAACUUCAUUUAAUUAUUCAGUUUUUAAAGGAAAAACAAGCGUGGCAACUCUCCCCACAGUGAACUGUUUACUUAAAUUUCAUUAAGGAGAAAACAAUUUAUGGUGAGAAGCACGCUCCUUUCAACUUGUUUGGUAAUGACAGCUGAUAGAAGCUAUUUUCUAAUAAUAAAUAUCCAGUGUGUGAAAGACAAACCCCCCACUGAUUGCAAUACUAUUUUUUUAAAUCACAAAACCUGUGAAGUUUCCCAAAGUAGAUUUGAAAAAGGAAAAAAGAAAAAGCAAAAGCAGAAAGGUUGGUGUUCCUAUUCCCAUUUCAUUUAGCACAUGUCUUAAUUCUUCAUUCGCAUUGAACUGGAGGAUCAUUAGACAUUUCUAGGAACCCUGGACCUAUUUUGCAUAUCAAUUAGCAUUCCCAUUGCUCUGCCGAAUUUCCGGCUUGACAGGUAGACGUGGCCAAAAAAGCCUGUCCGAGCAGUCUAAGACCCCUUUGUCUGAUUUUCAAAAAAAAAAACAAAGAAAAAGGCCCCACGCAGUGCCUUCCCCCAACCAUGAGCCAAUUCUGUCACAGGCUGAAAUAGGCUUUUUCUAAGGGCUCCAUGUCCCUCUUUUAUCCAUCGCAGUGUAAAGGGUCUAGACUGCUCCCUGCCUUUGCGUGUCCACUGAAGCCAGGGAGCAGACAUGCUGUCUGAGGUCAGCACUCGCUCAGAUUGGCGCUCAGGCUCCCAUCCGCCCACCUACCCACAGCCCCGAAGAGAAGGCGGAGCCCAGCUUUGGGGAAUGCUUAAAAUAUGGAUUUCUAGAACAUGACCCACACUGCAACUAUCACUCCAGCAUCUGCCUCAUGCUACAGGAAGUGCAAAGGAACAGGCAGUGAGGAGGGUAAUGAUUUUUGUGUGCAGAUUGAUCAAGCUGACGCAGGUGUUGCCUUCGUCUGGCGAGCCCUCCGGUCACAGACCGCUCCCCGCGCUGCCUGGGGAGAGAAACAGCUGUACUGCUCUCCGCUGCAAAACUCAGAUGCGCUUUAUGGCCUGUGACAGUAGGUUCUCCCCCACCACGCUUCACUUCGACACUUCAAUUCCAGUAAUAUACAUCUCAGCCCUUCUGUUUACUCGGCCCUGCUCACCCCUCUGGGCUGUCAUGAGCUGCACCACCAUCAGCCGUUUCUUAAUUGACCUUUUCUAAAAUGCUGGACACCACUGGCUGCACGCAGCUGUCACACAUUAAAUUUCCAGAGCCAGGGGUCCAGCUUGGUAGCAUAUGGAUUGCAGCCCUGUAAUACAGUUGCCAAACGAUGUCCACCCAGCCUUGGUCCCUGAGCUGUCAGGUCAACCAGCCUCUCGACGGAGUGGUGCAAACAUUCAUGAGAGAACCAUGCCCCUUCUCCUCCCUGUUGUUUCCAUGAAAUAAGGAAGCAGUAGAUUCCUGGGACCAUUUCCUGCUGAGGUUGGCUGCAGAAAAUUCCUGCUGUCUUGGUUCAUGAGAUGAGAUGUCAUGAAGCAAAAUAUCAAAAGCAGGCAGGUCCCUCCCCGGCAGCUCGCUGGGGCUUCCGGGCUGGGAAGGUAGGCACAGUAGUACUGUGCCUGGGCCACGCCUCUCUCCCCCCACUGCACACUCCCACCCUGGGAAAUUAAGCAGAGUCCACGUGCAAGGAGUGGGUUGCAUGUGGGGUGGUGGGCAGGACACCCUGGCAGCCAAAGGAGGCAUCAAUGCCUCCCUGCCCAGUGAGAGACUCUGAUCUCCACAGCACCAGGGCCCAUCUGGGAUUCUGAAAGCUCUUGGAAGACACUUCAUCCCCUCUUGGCCCUUUAAUAACCCUGAGGUCAUUCAAGGUGGGAGAGUCCGGGAACUGCAGCAUAAGCACAAGACACCAGCCAAGAGGACAGAGGCAGCGGGAGCUUCGGUCCAGGCUCUGCGUAUGUCAACAAGCCACGCAGCACCUGUCCGAAGGUGGGUGCAUUUGCUAACCGGGGUGCUGCACGAGUUACCAGUGGUCUUGUUCUCUCUCGCUCUCUCUGCUUCUUUCUUUUUGAAAAAUCCAGAAUGAAACAGGAAAAGGAACGAGGAGGGGCAGGUAAAUGAUCCUACUGGUUCACUGCUUCCCUCCACCGACCCCUUUACACAGUCCUCUCCCCGCGUCCCUCGCCGUAUCCUGUCUGGACCAUUUUUCUUGAGAAUAUUAGAUGGAGACAAACGUGUGUCACAGUGAAGCCAGAGAGGAAAGUAACAACAGAAUCAAGUGCAGGGCACUCUCACUGGCCCCUGUGUGUACUCACGUGCCUGCCUGUUUCUCUUCUGGGGAAGGACAGGGACACAGAGCGUUCACACGAAUUCUCUGGCUCCUCAGAGAGCUGAGCAGAAGCUCAGACGGGCUGUGAAACCCAAUUAAGGAAAAAUAA